AUGGCUCCACGAGCCUCAGCUCUCGCCCGGUUUCCGCUCGCGAAGUCGAUCGCCAAGUGCUUCCCCGGCCACCUCAAGCGGAGAACCAACAGGAAACCGGAGAUUGUCAGUGAGGCGCUAUGUGAUCAUGCUCUGCAGCGCCUGUCACCGUACCUCCUCCGCAAUCGGCCGUUGGACAUCCUCGACCUCUGGCCUGGAGCUGGCCUCUGGUCAUCCAAGAUCAACAACCUUCUCCAACCACGACGCCAUGUCCUCGUUGAACCCGAGCUGCAGAACUUCCGCCCGCUACUAGACCCGCUGGCCCAAAGCCAUCCGUCCUACAAGCUACUGUCCAUGGACGUCUUCUCCAUCGGCGACUGGAAACCUGUGCUCACGGAGCAUUUCCCCGAACAAGGACCGGACAAUGGCGAUCAUACCGGAGUUCUGCCAAAGAACGACAUCCUUCUAGUACUCGCGAACCUCCCCGCCACGACCUCCGACAAAGACCAUUUCACCGCAGGCAGAUGGUGGCAGAUGUUCAUGGAGACCUGCAUGCAGCAGACGGGACUACACUCCUACGGAGCUAUCCGAUUGCUGGCGUCUCUACCAUCGACAGAAUCACAGGCUAUCAUUCCCCGCUACGUGGUCGAUCGCCGACGGGUUUCGCUUUGGACGGAGAAUGUUGCGCUACACACCUUUGAAGUCGCCGCUCCUCAAGACGAGAAAUUCUGGGUCAACCACAAAGGGUUCAACGUCGCCAUAGACAAUGCCGCGCGUGUCGCUGAAAGGGCUGCCGAAAAGAACAUCAUCACACCUCCCGGAAGGGAAUUUCAACCGCUCCUCCCAGCCCCGGAGAGCCCCGACCCCGGCCGGAAACCAGUGCCUUACACACCGCGCAUAAGAACAGCCCUCCACGACAGAUUCUGCGAAGACAUCCAAGCCCUGGACAACAUGGACAAGUCCUCCCCAGGCUACGCUGAAGCGAAGAAGAAGCGCAGUCGCGCGCAGACCCGUCUCAACCGAGACAACCGACAAGCAUACUUCCUCCAGCAAAUGGUCGACCAGUCGCGCGAGAUCGACGCCCAAUACGAUGCUCUAUCACGAGCAGCCGCCGAUCCGAACACGACCUCCGCCGACUUCAAGCCUAUUCUCGACAAAAUAUCCGCCCUGCGGAGCUCCAUCACCGACGAAGGCCAAGAAAACUACCACGACCACCUCAAACAAUUCCCCCACAUCCACGACAGCCACCGCGCCUCCCUCCGCAGCAACAACAACUUCGACGACGCUCUCCUAGCCUGGGACCGCCGUCCCUUCGAACCCCUCCUCAUCCACCCGGAAGAACUCUACCCCCAAGGCAUCGACCGCAGCAUAGUCUAUUUCGAACCGAACCCCAACUCCCCCGUCGUUGAAAAAAUCAACGCCCUCGAUCCCUCCCAACGCGGCGACGCCUUCCGCCUCUUCGAAACCCUCUCCCUCUCCCUCGGCCGUGGUCGCGAAGCCCUCUCCGUAGCUGAAGUCCUCCAGCUUAUAUUCCCGGGCCGCUCCACCAACGACAUCGUCAAAGCCAUCCCCAGUCUAGCCGAAUAUGCCGCAAAGACACCAAAACCAGACUUUGACAGUCUCCCGAAGACCAUCCACGGGGGCGAAGACCCGGCGACAAGUUUCCAGGAGAACCUGGACUACGACCUGAGUGAUGUGCGCGUGCACAUUCUCUCGACAUCGACGAUCUGGGAUAUUUGCAUCGAGUAUCAGCGCAGCGGGGUCUCGGUGUCAAGUGUGCAGUUGAAUCGGUUGUUUGGGGGGACGUUGACGUCGUAUAAGACGGGGGUGCAUCGCGAGAUGGUGAAGAAGAGACUCCACUGA